AUGGAACAAAGAAACAAUGUGACUGAGUUUGUUCUCUUGGGCCUCACUCAGAGUCCUGAAGGCCAGAAAAUAUUAUUUGUUGUAUUCUUGGUCAUCUACAUUGUGACUAUGGCAGGCAACCUACUCAUUGUUGUGACUGUUGUGGUUAGCCCAAGUUUAGAUGCACCCAUGUACUUUUUUCUUGGUUACUUAUCAUUCAUGGAUGCUGUUUAUUCAACUACAGUUACACCAAAUAUGUUUAUAGACUUACUCUAUGAGAAAAAAACUAUUUCUUUCCAAGCUUGCAUGACCCAGCUUUUUAUAGGACACUUAUUUGGUGGUGCUGAGAUUUUACUCUUGGUUGUCAUGGCCUAUGACCGGUAUGUGGCUAUCUGCAAACCCUUGCAUUAUCUGACCAUCAUGAACCAGCGUGUGUGUGUUCUGCUAUUGUUGUUAGCCUGGGUGGGGGGUUUUGUGCAUGCUGUAGUCCAACUUCUUUUUGUAUAUAACCUUCCUUUCUGUGGUCCUAAUGUCAUUGACCACUUCAUCUGUGACAUGUACCCCUUGUUAAAACUGGCCUGCACAGACACAUAUGUUAUUGGCCUCACAGUUGUUGCCAAUGAUGGGGCAAUCUGUGUGGUCAUCUUUAUGCUGUUGCUUAUUUCUUAUGGGGUCAUUCUUCACUCCCUGAAGAAUCUCAGUCAGGAAGGGAGGCGCAAAGCUUUAUCCACCUGUGGCUCCCACAUCACUGUGGUAAUCCUCUUCUUUGUUCCCUGUAUAUUUAUGUAUGUGAGACCUCCUUCUACUUUACCCAUUGAUAAAUCGUUGACUGUAUUUUACACUGUUAUUACCCCAAUGUUGAAUCCCCUCAUAUAUACUCUGAGAAAUGCAGAGAUGAAAAAUGCCAUGAAGAAACUUUGGACAAGAAAAAGGAAAUGAAGUGAAUAAAAUAAGUCAUAAAAUGAUGGCUGCUAAGAAAGGAAGUUAAUCUCUAGGGACUGUUACUCUGAUAGAAUACUUGAUCUCAAGUCAUCCCUUCUAGAUGACAUACAAGCAACACUUACUGGAUUCAGAAAGUUGUAUUUAUAA